CACACGCUUUGUUUUAGAUCUGACUGUCCUAAUUAUUAACGUCUUUUGUGUUAUAAAUAGCGUCUUACUAUAUCCCAACUGAACUUGUGUAUAUCGUAAAAGGGUAUAUAACAGGGUUACGUAUUCUUACUUCUCAUAAAGGAUUUCUAAUGGAUACCUAACACAAUGGUCGAGUUAUUUGACAACAAAUGAUUUAGAGCAAGUCUUCCGUGGACAGUUGAAUAUAUAUAACAAUGGACCCAACUGAUAAAAGCUACGUUCAAAAAUUAAAGGAAAGAUUCCUGGAAUGUCCUGUAUGUUAUGAAGAGUUUUCUCAAAAAGGUCGACUCCCAAGGGUCCUACCGUGUCUACAUACACAUUGUGAUACCUGCCUGAAAUCAAUCAUAAAAGAUGCUAGUGUUACCUGUACGUUAUGCCAAAAAACAUACCCUGUUCCUGAUGAGAACCUUGGUAUAUUUCCUACUGACUAUACUCGUAAGGAUCUUCAGGAUUUCGUUCGUGCAUCACUCCGUAGGCCUGAUUUAGUGUGUGAGGGGUGUGGUUCUAACGAUGUUGCUAAAUAUAGAUGUACAACAUGCUCCCAUUUCUUGUGUGACGCAUGCAGAGACGCGCAUCAACGUCUGGUAUUUCUACAAGGACACGAAGUAUUCUCUCUUGACGAAGAGCAAAGUUUAGAGGAAAAUAUUAGCAAAUUUACGCACCAAGCGUUUUGUUAUACACAAGGACAUGAACGGGAAGCAAUGCACUACUACUGUACAAGCUGUGAUAAAUCCAUCUGUACACGAUGUUUUCUAAUACACCAUAAGACACACGCCGUUGAGGACAUCCAGGAAGUUUACAACACAAAGAAGACAAAGCUUCAAGAAGAAGCGCAGACGUUGCAUCGUCGCAUUGCUGAAUGUAGCAACAUCAGAACAAAGGUAAAACAGGCGAAAGAAGGAGUUGACAAUAAUAUGUCUAAAUCGGUUGAGGAGCUGAAUGCCACAUUCAAAACUCUAAUACAGUUGCUGACAAGACGCAAGGAGGAUUUGAUGACUGAACUUAAUGUGGCAGCACUAAGAAAGAAGGAAGUUCUUGAACACCAAGACGAAUCUCUUGACAUAAUUGUCAAAUCAAUCGAAAACUGUUGCGAUUUCCUGCACCAGAGUCUUACCUCAAAUAAUCAACCAGCCUUUCUAAAGAUAGCCCCAGUGAUCGCCAGACGAUUUUCAUACCUCCAAAGCCUUGAUUUAGAUAAAGAGCCAUUUGAAUCUUCUUUUCUAUCUUUCAAUGGCCUCAAUAUAGGAUUAAAAUUUGGAACAUUUAUCCAAUCGUUGGGAAAUGUUGAAUCUUCUGCCUUCUAUCGACCGAAAACACGUGUCCAUGCAGAGCCAGUUACCAGUGACAGUCCAGGCAAAAUAAUCAUUGAACUUCAGAAUUACGAAGGGAAACUGCUGGACGAACACUUAGAGAUAGAGGCCACUGUGUCGAAGGACGGUGAGAUACAUUCAAAGACCAGUCUAGCACACCGGGACGGUGGUACGUACGAGAUGAUACUUCCGGCGCUUGGUUCCUGUGAACUGUGUCUGAAGACCUUUGAUGACCGGAUGCCUGUAUGGGAGGGACGAGUCCCCAAAUCAAAUGGUUACCAAGUAACGUUCUCCCGUACAGGACCACCGGCCGCUAGCAGGAGACAAAGACGAUCGUCAGAUACUAGUGUAGAGCAGGUGUCCUCCUCACUCGGUCGCAAACCACACAUGAAAACAAUAGAUGACCUUGACCUUGAGAGCCCCAGAGGCCCAGAACGACCACCUCUACCAAAAGUCGAACUUCUAAACCGCGAUUGCGGGAGAAAUGAAGUACACAGUUUACCGACCAUUAACCAAGUUCCGGAACCAGCUACAGGUUCCUCACGGCCGGAGCGUUCUAUAACACGGGCCACGUUUCACUUGGAUGAAACAACUUUGCAUAAAUCUCGGCUCCUUUCGAAGGACAGAAAAAACCUGUUCAACAGGAAGCAGACUCGACUACAACCUGAGGACGAACACGAUGAAAGAAAACCAAACCACGCCACGGUUAGGAGUAGGAGAGAACAUAAACUCCAACGAUACCAAGGAGUCAAGUCAUCCUCACAAAUAAUCUUACCAGAGGACGUUUACUUCGAGGUGGAUAUCAGCUACCAAUUUGAUCAUAAUCUUGCCAAUGACGUCACCAUCUUUGAAAUUGGGUUUGCGCAUGACAGCGUUGUUGACAGUUCUGACACCGUCGCUAAUGAUAAACACUCAUGUUCUAUCGCGGCUCACGCCUGCUCUAACGAUGGCACAGUUCGACUUGGGUUCAGGGGAAACGGCAAGCUGAUAUCCUCUCAGACCAUACAGGCAGGCACUUCAGGUUCUUGUCAUGUGAUGACUCUGGGCUUAAAUGCAGACACCCAAAACCAGUCUGUCAUUGUGCUUGACAAGUCCCGUGAUAUGGUCAGUUUGUUCAAGUUCACUAAUCAAGACUUCAGGGCGGGUAUUUGGCCUGUGUUUGGAGUGUUUAAUCCACAGAAAGUUGACGUUGUACUUAGUCUUAAAUCAGGCACCGAUGUAACCUAUAUACCAUUCCAUCUACUUAAGUAAUCGCAAUAGCACAUUCCCUCUAAGUGUACCAGCCAAUAUAAUUGCAUUUGUUUAGAAUAUCGGUUCUUUAGGGAAGGAAAGUAAUACAGAUAUCGUGCAUAUACAUAUAUAUCAGCUAAAAUAGUAUUGUUUGACAUGUGUUCCAAAACAAAUUUUGAACAACAGAAAACCAAUAUUCCAGUAACUUGGAUCAUGAUCCGGUGUUUUCUCAUGGUUUUAUCUUCUUGCAUAGAUAUUAUCUUUCAUAACGAUGAACUUUAAUCGUUUGACUAGAUCGUCAUAUAGCUUUAAAUUCAGAGAAGGCUGCUCUGCUUGCUUCAGAGAGGUUAUUACUGGUCUUAUCAGCUUUUUGUGACAUUGUUAAUUUCAAAUAUUACUUGGCAUGAUAUCAUUUAAUCAUUUAAAACCAAAUUAUCUGCAUUAAGUGACACAAUAAUAUAAUUUGGCAAUGUAUGCAGGUAUCUCUAUUUAUACCUAAACAUAUUUUGAAAUCGCGUUCAACAGUUUCAAUGAUUUCCAGCAGGCUUAACUUUCUGUCCUUAGAUGGUCGAGCCUGACCCUGUAUGUGUUACACAUAACGUAUGAGAUUCAUAUGAGAUUGAUGAGACCUAGCCGAAUACAUAUUUUUUCGGCAGGGUCUCUUUAAUGUGAUUAAAAACGUGCUAUGCAUAACGUUUUAAUCUGGACCCGGUAAUGGGUUUUGCUUACAGUCAGUGAUAAAACGAUAUUGUCACGAAGUUAUUCAAAGCGUGACACGUUGAGCGUGAGACAUAAGCACAUGGUUCCAAAGGUUAAAUGUUAAUUACGUCCUACAAUAUAAACACAUCAUCACAACGGUAACAUGUGAAGUAUUCCUAGGAUAUAAACCCACGAUCAUAACAGUACAAUGUGAAGAAAUUUCUAAGAUAUAAGCACGUGAUCACAACGGAAACCUGUGAAGUACUUCUUUAUAUAUAAACACGUGACCACAACAGUAUAGUGUACCAUGUGAAAUAAUUUCUAAGAUAAGAACAUAUCGAGGGUUCAUUGCCAAUAGGUGCUUUCUGGAUUAUUUUACUUUUCGAGAUAAUUGAGAUUUAAGGUUUUAAAUAUAUAUUUAUUAAUCAUGCUUUAAAUGAGAAUGUUAUUAUUUGGUAAUAUUGAUGGCCUGUACUUUUUACUGUACAGUACUUUUGGUCAUAUCUGUCUUUUAAACUGCCAUAUUUGGUCAAAAUGCUCGAUAGUUCCUUUUGGCCGGCGAAAUUUACCUCAAUAAUAAUGAGCAAAAAGGUGCUAUCCGAAGAGUUUUGCUCCUUUUCAGUUGAGUUGAAAUUGCUUGAAAGAGGCAACUGCUAAUUUUUGCAAUAUCCUGCCUUUUUAAUCCAUAGCUUUUUAAAAGAACGCCAAACCUUCGCUGGUGAAUUGCUAGAAAAGUUUUCUUUCUUUGUUUUUCAUUUAUGCUUUUCUUCAUGGUUUUGGCGAUUUCAGAUAGGGCUGUUUCGGAAUCACCUGCUACUGUAAAUAGUUUUCCGGUCUUUUUUGCUGUUAUCUUCUUGUUUCCAUGCUACCAGUCCCUCAGAAGGUUAUUGUCAGUUUCGUCACUGCUUGUUACAGACGGCAAUGAAUCAGAAUCAGGAUCAGAUUCAUUUACUAGUUGUUUUGUAAAAAUGAAUGCAUCCAUGUUGCCUUUAUAAUCGGGUCCGUUGGAUCACUGUAUUGGACAUUUUCAUGAGAAAAUUCAGGUUGAUUCUCCUCCGUUAAGGUGUUUCCAUUUUCUGAGGGAAAUAUCUAGUGGGACAAUCUUUGUUGAGCAUGUAUCAUUGUCAUGUUCUUUGUAAUAUAGUCUGCGUAUCAGGUUGCAAACUGUUCGGCCAGAAGGUGCUAUCUGUGACAUAACACCUUUUGGCAGGCUAACAGUAGUAGAUAGCACAUUCUGGCAAUCAGGUUUUGUGAAAUACUUAGAUAGCACCUAAUGUAAUUAUUAAUUAUUUUCAUCAAUAAUUGGAAUUUUGUACAGAUUUCACAGAUUAAGGGUAAUGUAUUAUUGAAUCAAAUGGAGCAAUAAAACAUUUUUUGACAAAUAUGGCAGAUAGCACCUUCUGGCAAUGAUCCCUCGACAUCAUCACAGCUGUAACAUGUGAAGUAUUUCCUAAUAUAUAAGCUCAUGACCACAACGGUAACAUGUAGAGUAUUUCCUUGUAUAUCAACAUAUGAUCACAACGGUAACAUGUGAAGUAUUUCCUUGUGUAUCAACACAUGAUUACAACGGUAACAUGUGGAGUAUUUCCUAAUAUAUCAACACAUGAUCACAACGGUAACAUGUGAAGUAUUUCCUUGUAUAUCAACACAUGAUCACAACGGUAACAUGUGGAGUAUUUCCUGAUAUAUCAACACAUGAUCACAACGGUAACAUGUAAAGUAUUUCCUUGUGUAUCAACACAUGAUCACAACGGUAACAUGUGGAGUAUUUCCUGAUAUAUCAACACAUGAUCACAACGGUAACAUGUGGAGUAUUUCCGAGGAUAUCAACACAUGAUCACAACGGUAACAUGUGAAGUAUUUCCUAAUAUAUCAACACAUGAUCACAACGGUAACAUGUGAAGUAUUUCCGAAGAUAUCAACACAUGAUCACAACGGUAUCAUGUGAAGUAUUUCCUAAGAUACGAACACAGGAUCAUAACAGUACCAUGUAAAGUACUUCCUUUGAUAUAAAACGAUAUUGCGUUACAAUGUAUUUGUAACUGAUCUUAUUUAUUAGACUAUUAAGACCAUUCUCAGUUCAAUUAUGAAAUGUCUUAUUUGUUCAAAUCUGUUUUGUUAUCAUAUGAUUUGUUUUC